UCCGGAAGUGUCUCGUGUGAUGUAUGCAGAGAGGGUGAUCCCUGAUUGUUGGCAAUCAAGUGAAGUUCUGAAUGGUUGAUAUCGGUUAUCACGUUUGCUGGACAAUUUCAAGGCGAAUGAAGAACAAAUUAUUCAACGGAAUCACGGGAUAAUUAAGUCUGUCACUCUGAAUUUUACGUGCUGUAAUGUUUGGGGGUGAAACCUCGGGGUGGCAUAUGUGUCCUGGUAUCACGCAAGUAGCUCUGGUGCACUGCCAAGUUGUAAAAGAGUGUUGAUAAAUUUACGAGCACACGGUUGGGAAUAAGAACUCCUCCUGACUUUUUUUUUUUCCCAACGGGAACCAACCGUAACAUUUUUUUGAAAUAUCGCUCGCACACGUUUUGCGGUUAAAAUUUUCUCGACUUUAUUUUUCGAUGCCAUGAGGUGAUGUCAGAAAAUAGCAACCGGAAGAGAAUCUUCAUGUGAAAAUGGCGAAAGGCUCUGAGAGACUACCUGGUACCUCCACGAGGAUCAGAACCAGAGACGACGGCUGUUGCUCCGUUAAUUUUCUCAAAUACGUUCUCCAUAUUUACAACGUCGUAUUAUUUCUGUCUGGAUUAGUAGUCGGUGGAAUAGGAGUAUGGACGGUUAUAGCAAAGCACAGUUAUAUUUCGCUGAUGGCUACAUCAACCUAUCCAAUACUUGCUUAUGCUCUCAUUGUUGCUGGCGCACUAGCUGUGAUUGGUAGCUGGCUCGGAUGUGGAGGUGUAUCUUCAGAAAAUCGUUGUGUACUACUUGUGUACAUAUUUGUGGUAAUGGCGGUCUUAGGACUUGAAGCUGGUGUUGGGGUACUUGCUAGACUUCACGAAGAGCAAGUUGGUCCUGAAAUGAGAGAGACACUCAAUCGUACUUUUCUUGAAUAUUAUUCCAUGAGUUCACGGGAAACCGCAGCCAUCGACCAGAUGCAAAUUGAAUUCAAAUGCUGUGGGGCACGUAGAUUCGAGGAUUGGCUGGCAAGUGAGUGGUACAAGGAUGAACAAGUACAGCGUGAUGGAAGCCUUGUACCUGACAGUUGCUGUAAAACCCCAACAUUGCUGUGCGGUAGACGCGAUCAUCCCUCUAAUAUUCAGUACACGGGUUGUAUAUACAAAUUUCUGGAGACUACUAAAGAGCAUUUGAUCAUACUGGGUGCUGUUGGUCUUGGGCUCUCUGUUCUCGAGGUAUUUGGAAUAAUUCUUGGCUCCUGUCUGUACAUCAAAUUAAGACACGACUUUGAUGACUGAGAGUUACUUUAUCACGAGGACAAUAACAACGGACAGACUUGGUGUAGAUAUGCAGAGCAUCGAAUAGUCUGACAGGAGGCAGAAGCGUGACAGGGGAUUUUACCCUUUGGUCACGCUUGAUAUCGCUCGAUGGGAGUGUGAACGAUUCAUUCGUUCAAUUGUCCUCGGCCAAAUUAAUUAAUCAAUGUGAAACGAGCAUUGGUGAAUCAAAAAUGAACAUGACUAUUCAUGAUCGAUUGGUGAAUCUCAAAAGUGUCAUCAUCACUGUUUUAAAUAGUGCGAUACUGCCACCUAAAGUUAUUGUAUCAAUACUGUAAAAACCACUUUUUUUUUCGUGUAAGAAAAAUUACUCUAGGAUUUGUAAUACGAAAAAUAUUGUUAGACUGUGGGAGAUGUCUCGUUUAUCGAGUGACUAACGAAUUACAAACGCACGACAUAUUUGCAUCUUUUACGAAAAAAAAAUUCUGUCAAUUUCUUCAGUGCAGAUUUCUCGUGGGAAGAUAGUGAGGAGAUUUGGGGCAGUUGGAGUCGGUCUUUCAUAAACUUUUCAUGAAUUUUAAUGGAAAAAUGGUAUUCAAUGCAGACUAAACGCGUUAGGAUUUUCUAUUAAAUUUUUCCGUACAUGUGCGUGGAGCUGUCCUAUCGAUACUGCCAGGUGAAAGACGAAUUUUAUUCCCUAGCCAGAAUGAAAAAUUGAAUUGAAAUACAGUGGAGUGCUCAAACACUUUUUCUAUCAAUAUGGAAACGAAAUUGUACCAAUCGUAUUCGUUAUUAUGCGGAAGACUAUUCAGUAAGAUAUGGAGAAUAUUGCGAAUUUUCAAUAUGGAGUGGAUUUCCCUCCGGAAUACUGUAAAUUGUAAAGGUAAAGAAGAAUCGUACAGGAGUACAGCAGUGCCUUCUAAUCAGUAAGAGAAUUAUUUUGAGCUGUAAAAUGCUACAAACAGAUGCCGAGUGAGUUGAAUUUAGCCUCCAAUCAGUAUUUCAUCGAAUCGAUUCUUUACAAUAAUUAAUUUCUAUGUUUUUACAUUAAUCAACUGUUAGAUUAGUCAUUGACAGCGUAUAUAGAUUAUACGUUACUGAAUAAUCAUAAGUAGAGAAAAAAUAUUCGCGUAUUGGAGGCACCGAAUAGGUUCUCUCUUUUUUAUUGCCAUAAAUAAAGUUGAAAUUAUUUUCGUUGUAUUUUCCUUAUGAUAAUCAAUGCUAAUAAAAGAGCAUGCUUAUUAUAAAUAAUGUAAAUACAUAUCAAACGAUAUAUUGUUAUUAUCAUGAAUCUAUAAAAGGAUUGACAAAAUA